AUGGGAGCGGGGCUCCAAGGUGCUGGCAGGCCUGUCUGGGUUAUUAAUGACAGCGAUAGACCGGACCUCACACACUCCAUCACCUUGCGCCUUACACACCAGCAGCUCAUCUACCACGCUGACACCUGGCAGCCUCACCCCCGCCUCACCCCGCCUCACCUCUCCGCCAACCCGGGACCGGAGCAAUGCUUUCUGGGGCCCCCAGACAACAUGUUGGCUUGGCUACAGACACUUGCAAAGCCCGAACAGAUUGACUUUGAGCAGCGCAGCAGGCAAAGCCAAAUGCCAAAAAGCUCAAAGCCUUGGAAGAGGACGUUGAAGGAGAAGGUCUCAGGUACAAGACGGGAGAUAUUAUCCAAAAAGUCCAAUGGUGAUCUAAAUCAGGCAGCUUCCUCCUCCAAUCCACAAUCACAACAACCUAAUGUCUCCACCUGCUUUGGCUCAUCAAACGCCAGUUCAGGGAAGAGACGUAAAGGGAAAGGAUACAAGUGGAGAAAUCAAAAGAAAGGCAAACAAAGACAGAAAAAUGUAGGUGGCUCCAAACGGAAGAGAAACUCCAGAGUCCAAAAUCAGACUGUUCAGAACCAGAGAACACCACAACAGGACACCCAGCCAAUCAUUGGAGUGGACAUAAGCAGCUGUCAGUGGCUCUGGUACGGAGCUUACGUUGGCAACGAGACACGCAGCAUCGAGUUCAAACAGGGAACAGGAAACUAUAUGGAGAUGGUUUUCGGCUCUCACGUUCGCAGGUACGGCUGUGCCUUCCUGAACAGUGGGGGAGGUACUCUGCUGGUCGGGGUGAGUGACAGUGGAAUGGUGGGCGGUGUGUGUUUCGACCAUAAAAGGGAGGAUAACGCCCGCCUGCAGGUGGACUCUACUGCACAGCAAUUCCAUCCUCCUCUCCUUCCACACAACUACAGCCUGCGCUUCCUGCCUGUGAUAAAGCCCGGAGUGAAAGAAGAGCAGCUCAAGGUGCUGUGCCUCACCUUCACAGCACCUCCAGUCUUCCAUCAGCCAAGCCUUUAUCACGUCGACCAGGGACACGUGUACAUGAGGCGGGAUGGGAGUGUGCAGGGGCCCGUGGGUGCUCCUGUCAUCAUAGAGUGGUUCACACAGAUGUGGGCUGGUAAGGUGCAGCAGCUGGAGCAGUCUGCGCAUGAAGCGAUGCGUGAGAAGUGGUUCUUAGCUGGGCAAGUCCAAAUACUACGAGAGAUCAUAGAAUCACUGCAGUCGGAGAGGGAGACCAGUGCAUCCAGGGAGCGGAGGAGGAAGAAGAAGGAGAACAAGAAAUUAAAGUCCACCAGCCAGGGCUUCCAAUCUGACUCUGGAACCUCCUGCACCUCCAGGACAUAGUCUGAUGUGAAUGUGUCUGGGUGUGAGGUCCCACUGAAAUGCACACAGUAGUAAAUAAAGUCAAAACAGCAAGCAAAAGCAAAGAUUGUUUGUGUUUGUGUUGUUUGUGUUCUCUCAAUUACUUAUCCAUAACUCUAUGGAGUCUGGGGCUAUUUAGUCCAUUUUUGAAUCAUUUUCAU